AUUGUGUUGAUGAAAGUGAAGAAACUGAUAACUUUUUAUUAAUUUAUUGUGAUAAUUUAGACUCUUUAAAACAAGUACUUAAAUUCCACUGAAAAAGUGACAGUGAGAAAAAUGGCGAUAUAUUCUGUGAUGCUCCUGCUGAUCUCAACCCUCCUGGUCACCCACGUGAGCUCCCAGCUUUGCUCCCUGCGCGACAUGAAGGAGCACGCAAUGAAUGCGUGCGACAACCUGGCCAGGAAGAUCCGCAGCCCCGACAAUCACGAGUGGAAUCCGGCCGUGUACUCGUACAAAGUGCUCAAUGAGACUGAAAGUGGAAGACGCCGCAGAGGCAUCGUUUAUGGAUGGAAAGAGUCGUAUCCUGAGAACAAUGGCUUCAUCAGGAUGAAUCUGUCCCACAGACUCUACCAUUUCCUUAGUCGGCAGCACUCUCAUCUGCACAAUAACGACGUCGAGGACUCUUUCGACGUUGCGCUCCUUGGAAAAUUCUCCCGGGAGCAUCGAAGACACCGCCAUGGACACUCAACGCACGAAGUCAGGAGCAAAAGAAGUGACUUCAACGCUCUCGUGACGUACUGCUGUAUCAGCCCAGAAGAUGACGACUGCAAUGACCAUUUGUGCUUCGUAUGAGUGUCGAAGAGUGGACAAGGAAGUGCGUAAUCUCGAAAGUGCCAACGAGUGAAUUGAGGAGUAUCUCAUUUAAGUUAAGAGACAAUCUGCGUAUUCAUAGGACUUUAUCGUGAUGCAAGAGAA